AUGAACCUGUCAAACCCCACCCCAAAAACGCUAGUGAUUGGAAGUUCUAUCGUUCGUGACCUCGAUCAAGAUAAACUCAAUGACGUUGAAGUUAUUUCUAUUGGUGGGGCAGACAUUGAUAUGGUCCAUAAGCGACUCACUAAUUUAGACACCAAGUACCAAAAGGCUAUUCUUCAAGUAGGAAGUAAAGACUGUGCAAAAUCAUCAGAUAAGGCCUCGAUCAAAGCUAAAUACCAAUUAGCUAUUAAAGGUGCCAAGAACAUUGCUACCACUGUUGCCGUUUCUAGCAUUUGCCCUCGAACCGACAAAGAAUUGGCGCAGAAUACCGCCGAUGCCCUUAAUGCUGAGCUACAGAUCCUAUGCGAGGAGGAAAAGAUCGAGUUCAUCAACAAUGACACAAAUGGCUUUAAACUACAGAGUGGAGAAAUAAAUGAAGGUUAUCUCUGGUCUGAUGGUCUUCACUUAUCAAAGCCAGGAUCUAAUAAAUUGGCACGUAACAUGGGACUCGGCUGUAAGACACGAGAUGUUACAAAAAACAACCGUGCCCGUCAACAGCAACGUAACUUGCAACACUCAUCGCAGGCUACAGCCCAACACAAACCCACCAGCAACGAUAUUCAUGUCCCCUCUUUGCAGCAACAACAGCCCCCCGUACGUGACCAACGUGCCCAGCCCCCCUCCCAUGAUAUUUCACGUAACAUUUCACCAGCCUGUUUUAAAUGCGGAGAAAGGAGUCACCUUGCGAAUUCUUGUUGGCACACAAAUUCCAUACGCUGCCACUCCUGUUCUAAUUUUGGACAUAAGAAAGCAAGGUGCCCAUUCACACAAAACUUAAACCACCCUAAUUUUGUUAAUGGACAGUUUGGACAGCGCUGGCCACAAUAGGCUUUAGGCAAUGUUUCUGCCUUCGUCCCAUCUGACUCAUUUACAAUAUCUCCGCCCACUCCUGAACCUGUCAUUCACCAACGUAAUCGCAAAACUCGUCGGGGAAGAAGAAAGAUCUAUACCAGCUCCACUCAAAUGACCUUUGCUUUUAAUAAUGUAUGCCACUUUGGCCUUGCUAAACAGCAUGAGCUCAACCAGACUUUAUCUAAAUGUAGCUAUGAUAUUGUUGCUAUUGCUGAAACUUUUUUUGAUGACACUAACACGCUUUCAAUUUUAAAUGAUAACUAUGUGUGGAUCCCUAAAAACAGAGUUGGUAA